CCCGAUACUUCCUCAUUCGUAUCACCUAUGUAUGUUGCUGGAGCAGCAAUUUGGAGGGUUUUGUUGCAAUGAUGUGCUUCUAGCAGCUCAGUGUAUGAGAGAGCAUGUCCCUUGCCCUUAUCAAGUUCUUUUGUGAUGCGGGUGAGGUGGACAGAUGAAGAAGCUAGAUUCUCUUCAAUUCCUUGUUUGACACGUUCGAUCCUGGCCAUACGCUCAGUCGGGUCAGCAUGGGAUAUAUAAAGCAUCGCCAUCUUACGGUCUUCACCAGAAAGCUCUGGGAACAUCACUGGGAAACCAGGAGGUCCACUCAACGGGUCCGAUGCAAUUGGACCCCUCUGUUCCAUCCUCGGAGCCUCUACUACUUUCUGCACUCCGUUGGGCCCCUUUUGUAUAAAAGGACAUUUGAUUUUCUCAUGAGUUAAGCGAAGAUAGUGAAAGCAGCGCUUGUGGAUCUUCUCAUACUCAAAUUCAAUGGUCACUGUCCCUCCUUUGACAGUGAGCUUUCGUGCAGCUUUCGUUGGGUUCUUUGUAUCAAACUAGACUAGCGCCCUUAUGUAAUCCGUUGUAUGGGAUACCUUAGGGUCAUAGGCCACCUUCUCUACUUUCCCCACCACAGAUGCGAGCUUGUGCAUAGUCUCAACCGUGAAGAAAUUAACCGGUAUGUGCUUGAUAUGAAUCCAGAGAAACAUAGACUGCAAGAAAUCCUCAGGUGGGUUUGCUAUCCAACGCUCCAAAACCAUCGCCCAGUGAUUAUAAGACCAUGGCUUAUCAUUCAACACCGUAACCAGAUCUUCUUCUCGUUGGAAAGUGAACUGGAACCUAUCCCGCGACAGAGCUAUUCCACGGACUCGUCCAUACACCCUCCACGCCGUCGGCAUGUACUCUAUCAUCUUUUCUAUCGAUUGGCAGUCAUGGUUCAGUAAUCUUCCCAGUAAGCUUGUCUCGUUUUCAUCAAAAGCUCAGUAUCUUGGGCUAUCAGGUAGGGUCAAAGGCUCCUCCUCAUCCAAGGACAUAGCCUGAAUAGUUUUCUGCAAAAGAUCAGCCAUUUCUUCAUGAAAGUUGGAAAUUCUGGUGCCGGUAGAUAACUGGAGUUGCGAAACUUUUGGUAAUAGGUCGAGAGUAAUUAAGGCGAAUGUGCCUCUAAUACCACAAAAUUCGGCCAUAAUUUUCUGAGAAAUCAUGCUAAAAGGAAAAGCUUGGGGAGGUGGGAAUUGAGAAAGGUAAUUUUCUGGAAAUUUUAAGGAAACUAGAAUCAGAGGAAAAGGGAAAAAGGGUAACGAAAUAAUGGCAAUUUGAGACUUCCCAAAAAAAGAGACCGUCACUAAGGCCGGUAAUUGGAGAUCCACUCUAAGCGAGGGAAGGAGAAGUUUUUUAAAAAAAGGAAAUAACCGGCCCCUUGGGCUUCACCGGAAAUCGCCUAUAGGGAACAAUCUAUGAAAUACAAUAUAGAGACCUUAUUUUAAGGAGAGUGCAAAAACACUGAUUAUGGGGAUGAAGAUGAAGCAUGUAAGUUUGCCAAUGCCAAUGAAAUGGACUUAAUCGUAAUGAAUCCAGGAAUUGUAAUAGGACCAAUCUUGCAGCCAACUCUUAAUUUCUCUGUAGGCGUGGUUGUUGAACUAACAAAGGGUAAGGAUCCUUUUAUGAGCAAAAGUUAUAGGUUUGCGGACGUGAGAGAUGUUUCUUUAGCUCAUAUCAAGGCACUUGAGACUCCAUCAGCCAAUGGUAGAUAUAUCAUUGAUGGUCCGGUCAUUGCGACAUUAAAAGACAUUGAGAAAGUUUUGCGCGAGUUCGUUCCUUAUUUGUGCAUUGGUGAUGAUAAGAACAAUGAAGACAUUGACCUUGAUUUAGUGACAUACAAGGUGUCUGUUGAGAAAGUGAGGAGUUUGGGAACUGAAUUCAUUCCUACAGAAACAAGCCUUAGAGACACUGUUUUCAGUCUGAAGGAGAAAUGUCUUAUGUGAUUCUCUUUGUUGUUUUAUUGUACUUAUUAUUGAUUUCACUAUUACAGUGACAUGAAUAAGUAAUUUGUCUUAAAAAUAAAGAUAUAAACAAUCGUAUUG